GAUGACCAGAGACUGCAGACAGUACAGGAGAUGACCAGAGACUGCGGACACAGUACAGGAGAUGACCAGAGACUGCGGACACAGUACAGGAGAUGACCAGAGACUGCGAUGACCAUUCACAAAGCCAAGCGCAUGCGCACCAGCGCGGGAAGACUGUACAGCGCUGGAGCGAGGAACAGGUAAGGCCCUGCAGGAGACAAACAGCUGAGCGGCCGGCCCGGUAUUCUGACAUGGUGGCGGCAGAAAUACCG